GAAUUGGGAAAUCCCAAAAUUUGCGUAUUCCCUUCCGUGUAGGAAUCAAAAUCCCCCUUCCCUCACCCUUUCUUCUAUCCAAUUUCAAUCUCUCCUCUUAAAAUAAACCCUAAAUCAGUUGGAUUUUACCCAAUUUCUCCAAUCAUUCUCUCUUGAUUUUGACAGAAACGAAUCAGAGUGCAGCCAUGGUUAAAUGCUCCUUCAAGCUUGAUCAUCCUUUGGAGAAACGGUUGGCUGAAUCCUCUCGCAUCAGAGAGAAGUAUCCCGAUAGAGUACCGGUGAUCGUCGAGAGAGCGGAGAAAACCGACAUUCCCGACAUAGACAAAAAGAAAUAUCUAGUACCGGCUGAUUUGACCGUUGGUCAAUUCGUUUAUGUGGUUCGUAAGAGGAUCAAGCUUAGCGCUGAGAAGGCUAUAUUCGUUUUCGUCAAGAACAUGCUCCCACCGACCGCUGCUUUGAUGUCGGCAAUUUACGAGGAAAACAAGGACGAAGAUGGGUUCCUCUACAUGAGCUAUAGCGGCGAAAACACAUUUGGAUUUCAAGAAAUGCAGUAAUGGUCGAUGUGUUACGAACAAAUUCUAAAAUGUAAAUUCUUCCGUCUUUAAACAUGAUUGACUUCAAAUACACGACUAUAAUGCAUUAGAUUCGAUCGUUAUAGUCUUUGAUUCACGUGUGUCGUAUUCGAUCGUUCUUACGGCAUGGCAUUGCCUGCUGGUUCGUAUCACUAAUGGCCGUCGUUAUAUGAUUCGUGUGUGUUGUAUUUAAAUACGGUCCUUGUAUCGCAUAAUCUUGUUAACACGA